CAGUUGUAUGGGUCCUUUUCGAGGUGGGUUGAAGCGAAACCCUCGGGGAUGUAUGACACACAAAUAUGCAUGACCAAUGCAUUACACAAUAUUGGGUAAUCGGGUACAAUGGUACGAUGGGUUCAGUGACCCCAUUUGACCCCUGCGAACCUGGUCUGGACAGGCCCCCAAUAAAAUGGGUUUAUACUGUCCUAUUGGUUUUGACACGAGAGUGUGUCAGCUGGGCAUAUCGGUCUGGAUGGGCUGUACGCGACUCAUGUAGCUUAGGGGAUACCAUUACUCUCUAAUUUCGAUGUGAGGUUAGGUGACAAAUGGAAUGUCCCAUUUGGUCGAAAGACCUUGGAAUUUCUAACCUAGCCUCUGUCAAGGCCUCUAUGGCUCUUACUCUGACGUCAUCCAACAUGGCGGAUACCCUUUGUUGCAUCCACAUGGCGCGUUCCCAUUGGUUGGCAAGGCAUAGCCUCGCGCAGACAGUUGUUAGCUCGGUAAAAUAAUUUUAGGCGAAGGUAAAAUAGCCAUGCUGAAAUGGAAGGCCUGGGUAAGAGGCUAGAAUGGGAUUUUCCAUCACAAGUGGAGUAGCUGACGAAGAGACGAGCUGAAAUGGAAAUGUGACUACUCGUACAGCCUCGGACACAAAACGGACGAAGAGUUAAAUCAAAUUUCAAUUUAGAUAGAAAACUGUUUAUGAGCCUCAGCCGAAUAUAUUUACGUUUAGUGGUUAAACAAAAUGUUGUCUUGCGAACGCAUCGUAUUUACCAUCAAUACCAGAAGUCGGUAAAGCUAUAUGUCGUGAAAGAAGAAAACCACAAUGGCGCUCCCAACGGUAGCCGCCUCAUCGACGGCUACCAAUAAUAUUUCAUCUCAACCAGGUUCCAAAGUGAAGCUAGAGAAGCGAGAUGACGAUGAAGAGAUUGAUGAGUUGGCAGCUAAAAUGCGGGAGGCUAAUAAAGCAAAGAUGGCAGGAGGAGCUGCCCGUCCUCCAGGAACCAAUGGGACUCCUGGGCAGCCUGCUCAGAACCAGCAAAUGGUCAAUUCCACCCAACCUGCCAUUCUUAAUUUUUUAACCAGACCUAACUCAGGUGCCCCUCCAUCUAAAACUCAACAAACCUCAGCACCUACUGGUUCUACUCAAAAUUCAUCAGAGAAGCCACCAUGUGAUGCAGAUAGUGUUAAAAUGCAUUUUGGUUGGGUUACACUAGGAAAGAGUCAUAUACCGUACAUUUUACGUUAUGGUUCUGAAAAGUAUUGUGCUGUUAGAAUGGUCGAAAUGAAACUACUUAGCAAAUAUUUAACAUAUCUUCAUGCAGAUAUUUAUAGCUGCACAUGUAUUCGUAGCUACUACAUCACUGAAGCUGAAGCAAGACUUCUUAAUGACAUUAAUGUCAGGCAUUGUGAUUACCAAUUUGGCCGUGACCCAUUCACCACAAAGGAUUUAGUUGUGCGACUUCAAGACGCUGAUGAGUUUUAUACAUUUCUUGAUGUGUGUUAUAACAAAUUGUUGCCACAGAACAAUACCAACUCAAAUAAGUGUGGUUUCAUAAGAAUAGAUGGUGAAUCAGUGGUACCCUAUAUUCUAAGGAAUGGCACAAAAUAUGUUCCUGUUUUUUACUUUGAAGGUGAUACAUGUAGUCUCAUCCAAAAAUCUGAAACAUUAGAAGGAUGGGACUUGGCAUAUUUGAAAUUUUGCUGCAAAGUGCAAGGAAUUAAAGCUGAACUCUUUGAAAAAGAUAAUUGUUCUGUGAUUAGCUUAGAAGAUAUAAAUGGCUUCUUCCCAGCCGAUACAAACUUUGAGGAUUAUUGGCCUAGUAAAGUAGUGGAUAGGCAACUUUUAGUUUCAACCGCAAAAAGUGAUUCAAGUGCAACAUGGACCUUAUCUCCAACUGUUAGUUCAAGUGCAGUGCCGUCUCAACAACCUUCAAUUAACAAAGUGCCAAGUGCUUUGCCAAGACAACCUCAACAUUCGUCACCAUACAUGAACCAACAACCUAUGACUAAUGGUUGGUCUGGCCUUGUUGGAGGGCAACCAACAUACCACUCAGCUUCAAAUCGGAUGAUGCAUAAUGGAUCAAUGCCAAUGGGUAUGGUUUCUCCUGGAUCGGCGGUCCAGCCACCACCGCCUCUAGUCAGAGUCACGGCCUCCCAGUCUUCCAUGGGCAGGAGAGCGAACGCGGCCGCCGCCAUGUACUCGUCGGCCGGCAGCGCUAUGCCCCACAUGAUGGGCAUGGGUCAGCACUCGUCGCAGAUGCUGCCGCCGCAGCAGCCCCACGCCCACUACCCGACCGCCCAGGCCAACAACAAGUACCCGCCGCCGCUCGUCUCGUCACCGCAGAUGAGCCACGGCCAAAGGCAACACCACGUCAGUAAUGGCAAGACCCCGUCAUCUAUGGACCGACCCUUAAGACAGAUCGCAGAUUUCCCUACAUCGGGCCAACAUAUACCAUACAAGGUUCAGAAAGCAUUAGUGGAUGGGAAAAUGGUUCCCUGCAUCAAUGCUAAACCUUAUGUAUAUACUGAGCUACUUAUGACACUGUAUGAUUUCACGGCGCACUUUUUCCCCAACUUACCCGUUAAUAACUGUAGAGAAGGAUUACAAGAAGUUCUGAGAUUAGAUCUAUAUAGAGGGAAUAGGCAACAGAUGCAGAUGCUGAAGGAGGCGGGAAAGUGCUCGUCGACGAGUGACAACCUGCCGUUGGUGCAGGUCAAGGACGUGCUGCAGUACAUGCCGCAAAUGAAGUACAUGUUCACGCCGCGCCGCGCGGCGGCCCCCGGUGGCGAGCCCCCCGCCAAGAUGAAGCGCACCAGCUAGGACUGGCCCCCCGCCCCGUGCGGGGCCGCGACCAACACCACCCCUACACCCCCGUCCCCCUCCCCGUCCUCGCUCGCGUACGGCCUGGGCCUGGCGCAGGGCCUCUCGGGGCUGACGACGGCGGGGGCGGGGCUGUGCCCAUCGCCUGCAGCCAACGCCUACGGUAGCUACCCGGUGGCGGCGUCCUCGUCGUCGUACAACCGGGUAGCCUCCGCCUCGCCCGCGCCGUACGGCAGUCUGCCGUCGGCGUCGCCCGCGUCUUAUGGCAGCCUGCCGUCGACGUCGCCGGCGUCGUAUCGCAGCGCAGCCGGCUCCGGCAGCAGCGUGGCGGGGAGCCUGGCUGGCAGCCUGGCGGGCAGCCCCUUGGGGCAGAUGCAUGGCGGCCUCUCCAACCUGGGCAACAUGCACUGGGACUGUGUGGUUCGUGGCGUCUCAUGCGGCGGGUCGUGCGGCGCGUCCUCGACGUCCGCGUCCUCGUACGCAGGCUGGCCCCUGGCCAUGCCCUCUUCAUCCCCCGGCGCCGGCGGCGGCGGGCACGCGGGCUUCGGGCCGGGGUCGUCCUCGUCUCCCGCGGGCGCUCCGCCCGGGCCCCCGCCCGGCCCCCCACACUCGCACGCCGCCGCGCCGUGGCUGGACCCUUUAGGCUGUGAUAAGACUGGUAUGGAUUGGUACCUUCAAAAGUCCAUGAUGGGGAACUGGGGGCCCUCUUCUUCCACGGGCUGGCCCCCGCCCUUCAUGUAGACCCUCUGUGACCCCGUGCUCGGCUAGGUUUAGGAAAAAAAAGGGGCAUGCAAUCUCGUGUGAGUGUGUGUGUGUGUUUCGGAUGAGCAGAAAGGAAGCCAUUACUGUCGCAGCUCGGCAAUCGUGAUCACCAAUGCUGCUCUCACUCUAGAACGAUGGACGUAAUAACUGAGGUGGACUCGCAUUCGAUUAUGUUUGAAUACCCGGCUCAAGCGCGCGAGGAGGCGGUCGUCAUCGGGCUCGAACUUAGCCUUGAAUGACUUUCGGCCUCUGGCUCUAAUGGCGCUUGUAUCCACGUCGCACUUAGUCGCGCAUAGUAUUUCCCGGUCAACCAAACUUCCUAAUUUAGAUUGAUACUAAAAUAGACUGGGGGUCUAUCUCAGUUGUGAUGUCUAUAACUAGAACCUGUAUCGACCUCCCACCCUCUACGCACAAGCAACUCCUCUCAGAUUGAUCCCAGUUGUAUACUUAGUAUCUUUUAGGGCUUUAUGAUCAUUCCAUUCCAAAUCCGGUACUUAUUAUUAUUGAAAUUUUUCUUUGGAUCUGUCUGGCUUAAAAUAGUAUACAUUGUUUCUACUUAUAAAUUUAACCUUUUGCCAAAUGUGAAAUGUGAUUUCUGUUGAAACAAUUUUUAUAAUUUUGUCAUAACUUCAUCCUUGGACAGAUUUGGAACAACCAUAAAUGUAUUGCUGCUUAUUUUGUGUAGGUUAUCUGAAUUAAUGUGGUUAACCUGCAUAUCAUGUUAUUUGUCACAGCAGAAAUUUAUGUUCUGAAUAUUAAACUCAAAUUAGUGUCUAUUUUCACAUUACAUGUUUUUCUUUGUGAUACUUGGUUUCAUUUUGAGACAUAUCCCAAUUAUUAAAUCUUGCUGAAGAAAUUAGCUGUUUUUUUGCUUCUUUUAGUUUUCCUCAAGAACUUUUUCAGUGCAUUAGUCUGUGAAGUAUUUUUGUAAUUUCACACCUGAUCCACAUUUCUUGUUGAUUGUGUGGCAUGCAACUUCAAAGUCAGUCACCACCUACCUCAUUCAAUCAUUUUUGAUUUUUUUCAUUUUUUAAAAUCUAAUUUUGUGGUACGUACUCUGAUGCUGCAAGUGUGUAUCUGACCUCAUUAUCCAACCUUUUGGGAGUUGAUUAAUCAUGCAAAGAGGAGUCAUGGAAGAUAAGAUUACAGGGGUGCUAAUUCAACUGUUAUUGGUGUUAAUAUAAUUUAAAGUGAGCCUGUACUGUCAUGAUGGUGUUUACCUUAGGUCAAAUGUUUUAUAUCCUGUAAACUCAGCAUGAAGCGGGAGCAUACUUAAAAAUGUAUUUAACUCCCAAUCAGUAACCAUUGUUUGUUUUUUUU